CGGGUGGGCGUGUUUACUUUGGGCUGGUCUUAAUGAAUAACAGAAAUAAUCAUGGAUCUCACUUCGUUAAUAAUUAUAAUUUAUACAUUAGUAAAUUUAAGUAGUGCGUUUAAUUUUGAAACACGACUACCCGUGAUUAAAAGAGGAGCUGAAGGUUCUUACUUUGGAUUUUCUGUUGCCCAGCAUAUUUCUUUAAAUGGUUCUUCUGGAGAAUCUAUGCUUUUGGUUGGCGCUCCACUGGACCAAAAUAUUCAACCCUCUACAAAUCGUUCUGGUGCACUUUGGCAGUGUCCAGUUAAUACCUUAGAAAAUGACUGUGAGCAAAUCAUUACAGAUGGGAGGAGAUACGCAGAUGGGCAUUAUUACAAAAAGUAUGCGGAUAGCGAAAAACUUUUGCCUCCUAUGGAGGAUGAAGUUAAAGAUGGGCAGUGGCUUGGGGUCACAGUAAGAAGCCAAGGUGCUGGAGGUAAAGUAAUGGUUUGUGCUCAUCGCUACAUACAAAAAAGUCCUGAUUCAAUGUUUGGAAGGGGUUUGUGCUAUACUUUAUCUCAGUUCUUAGAUCAUGACAAUACAUGGGAGCCUUGCAAGGGAAGGCGUAUGGAUAGAGGUCAGCAGCAGUAUGGAUAUUGUCAAUCUGGAACAAGUGGAAUACUUGUUAACGAUACAGCCAUCAUUGGUUCUCCUGGACCAUAUGUCUGGAGAGGAACAAUAUUCGUUUUUUCAGUAUCUGAUAAUUUUCUUGACAGGGACAAAACAAUGUAUUACAGUCCACACCAAGAAAAUGAUUCACCAGUGCCAAAGGACAGUUAUUUAGGAAUGUCUGUAGCCGCAGGAGAUUUCUUUGGAACUGGAAAUAUUGCUUAUGCUACGGGUGCACCUAGAUCCAGAGAUACUGGAGAAGUUUUAAUUUUUGAAAAAGAAAGACUUUCUGUACCAACAAUGGUAGAAAAAUUGAAAAUUUCUGGUGAAAUGUUCACAUCGAACUUUGGCUAUGAAUUAGCCACAGCUGAUGUAAAUGGAGAUAAGCUGCCUGAUUUGAUUGUUGGUGCUCCUAAUUACUUUGACAAAGAAGCAGGUGGUGCUAUUUAUAUCUAUGUUAACAAACCUGAAAGCUGUUCUCUUACAUGUCUCAAGCCAAUAAAAAUCACAGGAACACACGAAUCUCGAUUUGGGAUAUCAAUUGCUAACCUAGGUGACAUUAAUAAAGAUGGUUUUGAUGACAUUGCUGUCGGUGCUCCAUAUGAGAAACAAGGAGUGGUCUAUGUUUUUCUGGGUUCUAAAAAUGGCACAGUCCACGAACCAUCACAGAUUAUCAAUGGCGAAGAUUUUGGUUUGGAAACAUUUGGAUAUAGUCUGAGCGGAGGAUUAGAUCUCGAUUCAAAUGGUUAUCCUGAUCUGCUUAUUGGAGCCUUUGAAUCAGAAGCUGUUGUACUUCUUCGAACUCGGCCAAUCAUUGAGAUUACAAGUAAUAUUGGUCCUGCUUCAGCUUUAAGAGGAAUUGAUCCGAAUGGCCGUGGAUGUAAAGAUCAUAUGGAUACCAAUCUGACUUGUUUUACUUUUGAGGCAUGCAUAUCAGUUCAAGGUGUUAUUCGUGACAGGAAUUUAGAUCCUGAACGCUUAAGGUUGAAUUACUCUCUCCAAGCGGAUAUCAAUAGAAGAGUAUCCCGUGUUUUUCUUGGAAAUCCUAUUACAAGGCCAACCUCAAGACAGGGCAUUAUAACUUUGAAGAGAGAAUCUGGAGAGCUGAAACAUUGUAGUUUCCACACUGUUUUUGUUAAAGAAGAAACAAAGGAUAUUCAAACAGCUAUAGCAAUGAGGCUCAGUUAUAACUUAGUUCAAGAUGAACCUAAAAGGCCUAGAGUGGGUGACAAACUACCAUCUAUGGAUUCUCUCCCAAUAUUGAAUCAAGUUCAAGCUGUUAAAGUUUUCCAUGCUUCAUUUUUAAAGGACUGUGGGGACAACGAUAUUUGUGAGAGUCAGCUAUCAGUUGAAGCUAAUCUUAAUCUUCCCCAUUCUAGAGGAACUAAAAAAUAUGAUUUCAUUCUUGGGCAAUACAAGGAAAUAUUGCUUAAUGUAACAGUCCACAACUUAAAUGAGAGUGCAUAUGAGUCAUAUUUAGUUAUUAAACACUCUAAAACAAUUAGUUAUAUUGCCCAAGUUAAGGUGAACAGACAGAGUUGUGGAACUGUUUCUGAAACUGUUGUUGAAUGUUCUCUAGGCAAUCCACUUGUCCGUAAUGAGGGUGUGAAUAUCAGCCUUAGAUUUGAACCUAGAUCAUCCAUUGAUAUUGAACCAGAAAUAAAAUUUGUGUUAAGGGCCAACACUACAUCUGAAAUUCUGGAGCCUCAAGGCCCUGUCACUUUAUCUGCUUUAGUUAUGAGGAAAGCAAAUCUCUCUUUGAAAGCGUCGGUGAGACCAGAAGAGUUGAUUUAUGGUGGUCAAGUUCGUGGUGAAUCAGAAAUGAAAUUUAAGGACCAGCUUGGUUCUCUUCUUCGCCAUACAUAUCAAGUGGUCAACCAGGGACCUUCACCUGUCAACAAUUUAGAAAUUCACAUCAGCUGGCCUCACCAGGUGGCCAAUAACAAACCAUUAGGAAAAUGGCUCUUGUAUAUGGAUGAAGAACCUUCUAUAGAUGCUGAUGAAGGAGGCAUUUGUCAUACAACUAGUGAAUUGGUUAAUCCUCUAGGUUUGAGAGACCGAAAAACUGAAAAACUCUCAAAUAUAGAACUGAACUCUAUUAAUAAUUCUUCUUUGUUAAACAUUCAGCGAAGAAAGAGGGAUGUAGAAAUGAUUGUUAGAAAGGGUCCUGAUAAUAUUGUCCGAAUGAAUUGUUCAGCUGGCACUGCGAAAUGUAUUAAAUUCAAGUGUGUUGUUUACAAACUUCUAAAUCAGCAGUCAGCAACUAUUACAAUCAGAGCUAGGCUUUGGAAUAGUACAUUGGUUGAAGACUAUCCAAAAGUGAAAGCUGUCGAAAUAGCCUCAACUGCUAAAAUAAUUAUACCAAGUCGAGGAGGCUUAAUAAUUACCUCAAAUCCAUCUGAUAUCAUUGCUAAUGCUAUUAGUAUAGCUCGAAGUGGAGGGUUUCCAGAACAGCAAGUGACUGACGGCCUCGAAAUAUGGAUGAUAAUAGUGGCUGUGGUUUGCGGCCUCUUACUUGUACUGCUUGUAGCUCUUGCCCUUUGGAGGUGUGGUUUCUUUAAAAGAAAUCGGCCAGACCCUACGUUAAGCGGGAACCUGGAGAAACAUAAUGUGGAUGACUAUCAUGAUUACUGAGCUGUGGAAUGAUAACUGAUUCAUCGGUAACUGAGGUCUAUGCUGAAGAUUAUGAUGUAGUUUAUAGUUUUAUAUAACGUAGAAGGCCUCGGGAAACUUAGUUUUAUAAGUGAAAUAACUGAUGAGGGAUUGAAUAUUGCUUUUCUUUCAGUUAAGCAUUUUUUAAAUAUUUAUUCUAGGGUUUAUGUAUUAAAUACCAAGAAUCUUCAUAUUUUAAAACUUUGAAAAAGAAAAAAAUGAAUGCUCAUUUCACAUUGAAAAAAAUUCAUUUAUUGACUGAGUUUAUUUUGUUUAAGUUUUUAAAUGAAGUAAUAAAAAUUACUUCAAAUCAAUUUCGCUACAUAAGAAGCUGGAGUUUUAAAAAGCAUUUACAGUUUUGGUACUUGUUACAAUUUAAU